CUUUCAGCGCUGCGUUCUUGGUAGACAGGUACAGCUUCGGGACAAGUCAUACUUUGCUACACUCUUUUCCCUUAUUCUGACUACUCGAAGUCUUUUCCGCUGCUUUUAACGGAUCUCAGCGUCUGGCCGACUGGUCGCUCCACCUUGCGCUCAUCGCCGUCACCAGUAGAGAGACAGCAACCUGCACCGAACAGGAAAUUCGUUCCACUCAAGCUCGUGAAGCUCCUCGCCUGGCCUGUGUUUUGCUUCGCUUCCCCUCCUUCGAUUGGACCCCUCUAUUGUCGAGGUAAAAAGCUAGGCCCUGUUGCGUAUUUGUGAUACAAUUGAUUAGAGAGCGAAGAUAGGCUUCUUGUUUCCUUCGGCUUCUUUUACAUGUUGAACUCGUUGUUUACAAGACCUGUUCUCAGUAAGAAUUCAUACCGGCUUGUAGUUGUUGCCUCAUCUUCUUCUCGACUACGUCUGUUCCCCUGCCAGCAACGAGCAUUCUCCAACAUGUCUGACCUCAAGGCCGAACUCACUGCGCCCAACGGCAGAAAGAUCACUCUGCCUACCGGCCUGUUCAUCAACAAUGAAUUCGUCAAGGCCACCUCAGGCCAGAAGGUCACCAGCAUAAACCCUACAGAUGAGUCGGAAAUCUGCUCGGUGGAAGCAGCCUCCGCCGAUGAUGUCGACAGGGCCGUCAAAGCCGCACGAGCUGCCUUCAACGACCCUUCGUGGCGAGAACUUCCUCCCACCGACCGCGGUGCCAUAAUGUACAAGUUCGCCGACUUGAUUGAAGCAAACAAAGAGACCUUGGCCACUUUGGAGACAUGGGACAACGGCAAACCGUACAGUGUCGCACUCAACGAGGAUUUGGGUGAAGUUAUCGGCACAUUGAGAUACUAUGCUGGUUGGGCAGACAAGAUCCAGGGUGAGACCAUUUCGACGCACACCCAGAAGUUCGCAUACACUCUUAAGCAGCCAAUUGGUGUUUGCGGUCAGAUCAUCCCCUGGAACUACCCUCUCGCCAUGGCAGCGUGGAAACUUGGUCCUGCCCUAGCAUGUGGCAACACCAUUGUCAUGAAGCCCGCCGAACAAACCCCCCUGUCUAUCCUCUAUCUCGCAACCCUCAUUCCUCAAGCAGGUUUCCCCAAGGGUGUCAUCAACAUCGUCAACGGCUACGGCCGUGAAGCUGGUAACGCCCUCGCCUCGCAUCUGGACGUUGACAAGAUCGCAUUCACCGGCAGCACCCUCACCGGCAAGCAGAUCAUGAAGACUGCUAGUGUGAACAUGAAAAACAUCACCCUUGAGACUGGCGGAAAGUCACCGUUAUUGGUCUUUGACGAUGCGGACCUUGAGCAGGCCGCUAAGUGGGCACACAUCGGCAUCAUGAGUAACAUGGGUCAGAUCUGCACAGCUACAUCGCGCGUCAUUGUCCAGGAAGGCGUUUAUGAUAAAUUCAUUGACUUGUUCAAGAAGGUCGUUCAGAGCACAUCCAAGGUUGGCGAUCCUUUUGCGGACGACACUUUCCAAGGCCCACAGGUCACCAAGGCGCAGUACGAGCGUGUGCUGAGCUACAUUGAGGCCGGCAAGAGUGAGGGCGCGAAGCUCGCCAGCGGUGGUGUCCCCCAUAAGAACGUCGGUGGCGGCAAAGGUUUCUUCAUUGAGCCUACCAUCUUCACAGAUGUCAAGGACACCAUGAAGAUCUACCGUGAGGAGGUUUUCGGCCCUUUCGUUGUCAUCGCUUCUUUCAAGACUGAGGAGGAUGCACUUCGGAUGGCGAACGACACAACUUACGGACUCGGCAGUGCCCUGUUCACGCGUGAUAUCGAGCGUGCGCACCGUGUUGCCAGCCGCAUCGAGGCAGGCAUGGUCUGGGUCAACAGCAGCAAUGACUCGGACUUCCGAGUGCCAUUCGGCGGUGUGAAGCAGUCUGGUAUCGGAAGGGAACUGGGUGAGGCUGGCCUGGCAGCGUAUAGCCAGACUAAGGCUGUUCAUAUCAACAUGGGCUUGAAACUUUGAGUGAACCUCCCCAAAUCGUGCGCGGAGUUAUGAGGGAGGAUGAUUCGGUCACGGACGGUCAAAAAUGAUAUAUGUACUGAAAUAUGUGAUAGCCGAGAACGAGAAUGCAAAUGCUCCG